AUGUUCCUUACCAGCGCGCGUGUAGCACAGCAGGUGCCUCGCACCGCCUCUAACCCCCCGGCCGCAGCGCCGCCCGUGAAGAAGGAUCUCGCCCCGCAGAUCUCCCCGCUAGAAAAGAGGCUCCAAGACCUAGGGGCGAUCCGUGGCGAUGGCAGUGACAAGUUUUUUGGCAUGGAGAACUACGGGAACACUUGUUACUGCAAUUCCAUCCUCCAAUGUCUCUACUACUCGGUCCCCUUCCGCGAAGCCGUCAUCAACUACCCGCAACGAACGCCACUCGACAGUUUGGAGGCUGCUCUCGCAACCAACCUGAAAUACCAGAACCCCACGGCAUAUCUCGAAGCCGAGGCCUUAGCCGCCAAGCAGAAAGCCUCGUCGCCACCCUCGGCGCGCCAGGCCGGCGCACCCCCGAAUCAACCACAAAAGCCCGAAGAUAAGGACUCCGCCGAAUACAAGAAGAAGGUUGCGCUACAGACGCUUCCAAUUCUGGAAACGAAAAACAAUGCGGCCAGUUACGGAAUGUCGGAGUCGCUCUUCACCUCGCUCAAGGAUAUCUUCGAGUCGGUGGUAGCCAGCCACGAGCGCAUCGGCGUGGUCCGUCCACAACAGUUCCUAGAUGUCCUUCGGCGAGAAAACGAGAUGUUCCGAUCUGCCAUGCAUCAGGAUGCGCACGAGUUCCUGAACCUACUGCUGAACGAGGUGGUCGCCAACGUGGAGACAGAAGCUACAAAGCAAGCGUUCGCGGAGAAGGCUUUGCCACCAACGGAGAGUGAGGACUCCCUGGGGAUGCUGGCAUCCACAGGCUCAAAGUCACCGAACACCACCAGGUGGGUCCACGAAUUGUUCGAGGGAACUUUAACCUCCGAGACAAAGUGUCUCACUUGCGAGAAGGUUUCACAAAGAGAUGAGGUGUUCUUGGAUCUGUCGGUAGAUCUCGAACAACACUCAUCUGUGACAUCAUGUCUCAGAAAGUUCUCAGCAGAAGAGAUGCUUUGCGAGCGAAACAAAUUUCACUGUGACAAUUGCGGCGGCCUUCAAGAAGCAGAGAAGCGUAUGAAGAUCAAAAGAUUGCCCCGAGUGCUAGCGCUGCACCUAAAGCGGUUUAAGUACACCGAAGACUUGCAGCGUUUGCAGAAACUCUUCCACCGUGUCGUUUACCCCUACCACCUUCGCCUAUUCAACACAACGGAUGAUGCCGAAGACCCAGAUCGACUUUAUGAACUGUAUGCGGUGGUGGUUCACAUUGGCGGAGGUCCCUACCACGGACAUUAUGUUGCUAUUAUCAAGACCGAAGACCGCGGCUGGCUGCUGUUCGACGACGAGCUUGUUGAGCCGGUCGACAAAAACUAUGUCCGCAACUUCUUCGGAGAUCGUCCUGGCUUGGCCUGCGCCUAUGUUCUGUUCUAUCAAGAGACCACCCUCGAUGCUGUGAUGCGGGAGCAAGCUCAAGAAGAUCAGGCCUCCAUGAGUGCAGCUUCUGAAGCAGGCGAUGCCACAAAGCAAAAUGGCUUCCCACACUCAACCCCGCUGGCCCAUGCACAAAGUGCGACUCAGCUUUCUUCCGAAGACACCCCUCGCCAUACACCCCUCAGCCGCAUUCCCACGGCACCUCCACUCUCAACAUACCCCGAAGAAGCCUCGGAGCCGAUGUCACCCUUGCCAAUCUCCCCGCAGCCUGUUCAACCCGUCCAACCACCUCUCCCGCCGAUUCCUGAUGAACCGACCCCUCCACUGACUCCAAAGAAGAGUGACCACCAGUUGCGCAAGGAAAAGCGCGCACAAGAGAAAGAAAAGGAGAAGAACGAGAAGACUCGCCAGAAAGAGCAAGAACAGCAGAAUAGAGAAAGACAGCGACGCGAAGCCGAGGACUUGAGAAAGGCUAUUGAGGCUAGCAGAGCCGAUGCAAAUGAUGUCGGCGGCGAGAAUGGAUCUCCCAGGAAAUCCACAAGCUUCGGUUUCCUGAAGCGAGGUAGUCGCAGUCUCAGCCAUCGACUGAGCAAAGACAGAGAGCCUCGGGUCUCAACAUCCGAUCUCUCUACCUCACCACUUCUGCCCGCGUCCGUCCCGGAAGCGUCCAAAGAAGCGCCCGCAGAGGCCGAAGCAGCCCUACCCAAGCCUAUCAAAUCAGUCCCAAUGUCUUCGCCUGUUCAAUCCCCCCUCUCUCCGAGAGAAUUCUCCCCAUUAUCCAAUCCCAAACAGCCAGUCCGGGGCGCCGAUCCCCUUGCCAAAGACCAGCACAACCACGACAAGCCUACCCAUCGGUGGCGAUCCUUCAGCUUCAAGAAAGUCUCUUGA